AUGAAUCGGUACGAGUUCUACGAGCUAAAAUCAUGGCUGUAUCUUCCAGUCAUUUUCGUUGGGCUACUCGGAAACUUCGCUUCGUUUUUAGUCUAUCGGACGGCACCAAUGAGAAAAUCUACAGUCGGCACCCUUCUUCUCAUUCUCUCACUUAUUGACAUCCUUCUACUCAUCCUGAUAACUCCCAUUUUUGUUCUUGUUUUUCUGCCACUCUGGGAGGACCAAUGGCAAAAGUAUUCGUUUCAUAUGAGCUUCUUCGCCUACAGUACUCGAUAUGUCUAUCCGUUGUGUAUGAUGACAAAAUCUUGUAGUUUGUACUUGAUGGUUUUGAUUACAAUUGAAAGAUGGAUUGCUGUUUGCAGACCAUUACAGGCAAAGGUAUUGUGCACGAACAGAAACACACUGAAAGCUGGAAUCUUUAUCAUAAUAUUCUCAAUUGUUUUCAACGCGCCUAGAUUUUUUGACUACAAAAUUGGAGAUGGAUACUUAUCUGAAAUGUGGAUGUUGGAUACUGAGAAACAUUGGUGGUACUUCAUGUUCUAUUUCGUUAUUCUAUCUGUUAUUUUCGACUACGCCCUUCCUUUUCUUAUUAUGACAAUUGCCAAUUAUCACGUAAUCCGAGCACUUCAAGAAAGCGAUGAAGUCAUAACUGGACUGGCGGUUCAGAAGAGAAAAGAUCAAAAAACGACAGUUAUGUUAUUGGUUGUCACUAUUUUCUUUGCUUUCUGUCACUUGUUUUCAAUGUUUUUGAAACUCGCCGAGAGCAUGUUUGGAGGAUUUCUUACCCAAACAAGUUUCUAUUGGGAAGUGUUUGCUGAAUUCACUAUUUUCUUGAUUAUUUUCCACACCUCGAGCACUUUCUUCAUUUAUUACGGAUUCUCGGAGAAAUUCCGAACAAUCUUCCAUGAUAUCAUCAGAUGUCGUCCAAGAUCGGACGAUGUGAAAUGUUCAACCUAUUUGCCUGUCAACUCAUCUGGAGCUACUUCUGAAGUGAAAACACGAAAAUCUCCAGCCAGUGUUUAA